CGUCUACCUGACCCGGUAGUCGAAGCGCGCACUGCCUUUGGUGUCUGCCCACGACCCAGGAGUCCUUCCUUUCCGACAUUUUCCCUGGGAGGAUGGCUCCAACUAAGAAAGGUGGCGAGAAGAAAAAAGGCCGCUCCGCCAUCAAUGAGGUGGUAACGAGAGAGUACACAAUCAACGUCCACAAGCGCAUCCACGGAGUGGGCUUCAAGCGGCGUGCUCCUCGUGCACUUAAAGAAAUUCGCAAGUUUGCGAUGAAAGAGAUGGGAACUCCUGACGUCCGCAUUGAUACUCGUCUGAAUAAGGCUGUCUGGGCGAAGGGUAUAAGAAAUGUUCCCUAUCGCAUUCGUGUACGCUUGUCCAGGAAACGAAAUGAAGAUGAAGACUCUCCUAACAAACUGUACACUCUGGUUACAUAUGUUCCAGUCACGACAUUUAAAGGUCUGCAGACAGUGAAUGUUGAUGAAAACUAAAAUGCUGUUAAGUAAAAUAAAUGUAUAAAAUACAA